GCAUUAAACAGAACUAUUUUGAGCGGAGCGGUGACUGAGACGAAGUAGAUAGAACUCGCGAAACGAAAAUGCUACAGUUUCCGGCGUUUAUGACACAGUGCCAAUUAUCGACGAGGAUAAUUCCGACGUCGUUUUUGCUACCGUCUCAGUGGCCCCAGCCUCAAAACGAAGAACUCCUUCUCGCUAUGGAGGAAUCUGAUUUUGAAGAAAAGUGCAAUGAAAUCAGGAAGAUGAACAGCAAUGCAAUCAUGAUAGGGAAAACCACUAACGAAAAUGAUAAGGAAGACUUCGACAACGAGGCUGAUGAUGAUGAUCCUGACAAUGCAGAGGAAUCUGAGGGCGAAGAAUUUGAGCAAGAAACUGGUUGAAGAAUCUGCAUGUCAAUGCUCACUUAUAUUUUGUUGGUAUGUAUUCCUGGAUGGUUGGCUGGUUCAUAUCUUUUUAUUGUGUUGUUGUUAGAGAUGAUCAAGGAUGAAUUAUGUUUAUUUCUCACCCUAUUCUAAACUUCGAACCCAAAAUCUACCUCUAGACUCGAGUCUCGAUGAUGUACGAGUGUAAUUAAGACCGAGUUUGAGUAGGAUGUGAUCUUGAAGUUCAAACAAAAUAAAAUAAUCAAAUUGUUAUGUAAUUGUGUUCAAAAGAAAAAGUUCAUUCAAUUAGUGAAUUUACCAACCAUAUAUACUAA